GGCCCGAGGGCCGCUGCCGCCGCCGCCGCUUCCCCCCGUCUCUGCUCCGGAGGCCAAGCCUCGCCUUGAGACAGGAGCAGUUCGCUCACCGCCCCUUUCACAGACUACCGUCCGGCCCCUCCACCACUCCCGCCCCUGCCCGGGGGCGUCCGCCACGCGCCCCGCCUCACUGAGGGCAGACGCACCGGCCGCACGGGCGUCCCCCGCCCCUCCCCCGCGGCUCAGCGCGGGCGCCGGAACGGCCCAACUCGCACGGCCUCCCGGCGGCGCGCCCGUGCCUCCGCCAUGCGGGUUGAGGGCACGAAGCAAGGGCGCACGCCCAGCUCGCGCGGUUCCUCUCGGCCCCGGAUGUGACUGUUUGGCUGAGGCGCCUCCCCCCCACUACGCUAGAUGGGAUUGGGCGCCCACGGGUGAGGUCAUCACCAGGCGCCUAGGAGAGAAGCUGGAAGCGCAGAAUCACCUGAGCCAUUAUGGCAGUCAAGUGGACUGGUGGACAUUUUUCUCCUGUUCUCUGCCUGAAUGCAAGUCAAGAAGGGCUAGUGGCUUCUGGAGCAGAAGGUGGAGAUCUCAUGGUUUGGGGUGAAGAUGGGACUCCAUUAGGACACACACGCUUCCAAGGGGCAGAUGAUGUUACCAGUGUCUUAUUCGCUCCCUCCUGCCCCACCAAGCUCUAUGCCUCACAUGGAGAAACCAUUAGCAUACUGGAUGUCAGGUCUCUCAAAGGAUCCUUGGACGAUUUUCAUGCGAAUGAAGAAGAAAUCAACUGUGUUUCACUGAAUGAAACUGAAAACCUUCUGGCUUCUGCUGAUGACUCCGGAACAAUCAAAAUCCUAGACUUGGAAAAUAAGAAAGUUAGCAGAUCACUGAAGAGACAUUCCAAUAUCUGUUCUUCUGUAGCUUUUCGGCCUCAAAGACCUCAGAGCCUGGUGUCAUGUGGACUGGAUAUGCAGGUGAUGCUGUGGAACCUUCAGAAAGCCCGGCCACUCUGGAUUACAAAUUUGCAGGAGGAUGAAACAGAAGAAAUGGAAGACCCACAAUCACCUGGUCAGCUUCUAAACCCUGCCCUAGCCCACUCUGUGUCUGUGGCAUCGUGUGGCAAUAUUUUUAGUUGUGGUGCAGAAGAUGGAAUCAAGACUCAGAGAUGUUAAGUAACCUGAGGAUCCAAGAAAAUUGCAGGCACGAUUACUUACCUGCAAAGGAUCUUCAUUGUCUUGUCAAGCCUCCUGCCAUAGGGAAGCCCACAUCCUGAUCCAAAUAUGGUCACCACAUUAGUUAUAACAUUAGUAGUUUCUGAUCUUAGGAUGUCAUGAGGAACUUUACCAAGUUGAAAGAGGAAACCUGUUCUUGCUUGUUCUAUGUAAAGCCCAGAAGGCUUUGCUGACAAUCACCUUUUGCCAUUUCUAAGAAAAGUGUUCCAGGUCAAAUCAGUUUAGGAUAUUACGAAGCAAUCCAGGCUGUGGUGCUGAUGGGACCAAGAACAAGCUGAAGUUAUGAAUAAGCAGAAACUCUGACUAAGCAGAAGAUGUAAGGUAGAUAGAAGAGGUAGAGAAGAGAAGCCAAGACUGUGUAGAGAGUAAGUUUUCUUUUCAUCGUGCCCUGGAUUGCUGAUUUCUCUGCAUGUUCUUUCAGCUUCUGCUUAAAUUGCCUACUCUUAUAUUCAAAGGUUUAAAGAGAGAUUCUUAUUGUUGGUUACCAUUAUCCUUGUUUGUGGAGAACUCUUUGAUAAGCUCAAUUUUAGUCAGAAUGUUUGCUGCAGAUGACAGAAACCAAACUCAAAUUGACUUAAGGGAAUAAAAAGGAAUUUACUGGCUCAUGUAACUGAGAAGUCCAAGGAUAAUCAGGCUUGUACUGCUGAGGUAGCUAAGCUGAAAGGAUGUGAGUCUUAUAGGUGCCUCACCUGUGAAAAGUCUUUCCUAGGGAUGGAGUGAGAGAAUCCUCAAAGUAAUGUUGAGCCUGGAACCAGCCAUGCCUGAAACAAGUUAUUUCUGGCGCCUUUUUUUUUUUUUUAACUUGUGACUAAAAGUGUCCUGACCAAUUAAGUGGGUGGUCAGUAACUAUUGUUUAGUGAUCUCACUUAAAAUUUAAAGCAAGGAGAAUACCAUCUUGGCCCUAAAAAAUUCAUUGACAAGGACCUUGGCCUGAGUAUUGACAGAAACAAGUUUCUAAUCCCAGCAAUGGGCAAAGUUCUUGGCCAUUCUGGGCCUUGAUCUCCUUUCUUGAAAGCGAAGGGUUGAAUUAGACAUCCCCUAAGGUCCUUUCCAUGCCACUGUUUUAUGAAAUGAAAACAUUGUCAUAAUACUGUGUUUACCCAGUGAUUCUAAUAUUUAUUAAAAUGUCAGUAAAGACUCAUUAUCAUGGGCAAUCGCUGGAGAUUUAGAGGAAUCUUUUGAAAAAUUACCCAAGUACAGCAUCAUCUUAGCUAUUGAGCCUGAAUAAUGUUAUGGGAACAAGGUAAGAAGUAUUUAAACCAGGAUUGAUUUUUUUUUUUAUUGAAGUAUAGUUGAUUUAGUGUUGUGCUAGUCUCUGCUGUACAGCAAAGUGACUCAGUUAUACACAUACGUACAUUUUUUUUAUAUUCUUUUCCAUUAUGGUUUAUCACAGGAUAUUGAGUAUAGUUUCCUGUGCUACACAGUAGGACCUUAUUGUUUAUCCAUGCUAAAUGUAAUAGUUUGCAACCCUAAACUCCCAGUCCAUCCCCCUCCCUCCCCCUAACCAGGAUUGAAACAUUAGUUUUAAACUUCUUUUUGUUGCUAAUAACAGAUACCCACUCAGACUGCCUAAGCAAAAAGGGAAAUUUACUAUGGGGAGUGGAGGAGCAGAAUUCUCCCAACCCAGAACAGAAAUGUCACUUGGCUCUACGUUUCUAACCGGGGAAAUCUCUAACCAGGGAAGCCAUCAAAAACCAGAGCAGCUACCCUUUCUGUCUCUCUGAGUUCCUGUGGUAACGUGUCUCUGCUUCUUUCUGCAUAGUGGCUUUCACCUGACAAAAGAUGGCCUUCCAGGGCUACAUCAGCAACCCAUUUCAAUUCCAGAAACUGAGUAGUGUCUAAGUUCCAAGGCCCUGAAGAGAAUCUGAUUGGUCUAACUUCGUCAAGUGCCUAGCUCUGAUCCAGUCAGCUCUGAUCAGGGGGGUGUUGUCAUUUAGUAUCAACAUUGCCAAUGGGGCCCCCAUAGGUGGGGAGGUAGUUCUCAGGGAAGGGGAGUAUGAGCUGAACUAAUAGUCCCCGAAGAUCUACAACCAACAAUUGAGAUUUUGGCAGAUGUACAGUGUGAAAAUUAUAUGCAAAAUGAACCCUUCUUGGGUCAGCCAUUUUACUAGUUUGACUUUCAAUUUUCAAACAAUAAGAUACACCCAGAUUACUUUAGUUAAUGAGAGUUUGAAGAAUGGUAAAGUAAGCAAAAUAAAGUGCCUCAGCCUGGGCUUACAGAGAAUCAGGGUACCAUUUUGGUUUGGGGGUUUUUGGGGGGGGGUGUUUGUUUUUUACCACACCAUGCAGCAUGCAGGAUCUUAGUUCCCUGGCCAGGGAUUGAACCUGCACCCCCUGCAGUGGAAGCACAGAGUCUUAACCAGUGGACUGCCAGGGAACUCCCAGGAUACUAUUUUGAAUAUUCUUAGCUCGAUUAGUCAGCUGGCCCCUCAGAUAACUGAGUAAGAACUUAAGUGGCCUCGCUUUAGAAGUGGGCAUCCAAUGUCCCCAAUCUAUAGAAGGCUGAAAAUGUGCCCCAAAGAUAUCAGGUUCUAAUCCCUGGAACCUGUAAAUGUUACUUUAUUUGGUAAAAGGAUCUUUGUAGAUAUAAGUUACAAAUAGUAAAGGAUUAUGUUAAAGGAACAUAAUUGUAUACUUACCUUUAUACUUCAUUAGAGUGUAAGAUGCUUGGGGGCAAGGAUCUGCCUUUUGAGUUUCAGAGCUUGUGGUUUGGCCUGACCUGAACCACCCAGCUCACACACAAAAAAAUCAUUAAAUCUUAGAUGAAUCAAGGGAGGUUCAGAAGGUGAAAAUGUUAAGAGAUGUGGAUAGAACAAAAUAACAAUAAAGGUCAACCUGAAGGGAGCUAGUAGCAGGGUUGCCUGGCAACCAGAUUGAACCCUUUCUUUGUUAUGCUUCAGGUUAUUUUUAACACCAGCUAUCAGGACUAAACAUGGCUCUCCCAACCAGUGCUCAAUUCACAAACACCCAGACAUGCUCAUCAUUUCACAUUUGAUGUUCUCUCCAAAUUACAAUCAGUUGUGGUCCAGGAUAGACAAUCCUGAGGCUGAUGCAGUGCCCACCCAGUUGCUUCUCCCUUCCAAGAGCAGAAAUACCUUCAGGAUUAAUCAAUCACCCUCUGGCAGAAUUAUGUAUAAUCCUGAUGCCUUAGCCUAUGAAUAGCUCUCCCAUGAUCUCAGUUUUCCUAUUUACAAGCAAAGAAUUAAUGAAAAACAGUACUAUACUGCACAUGUGCUGUGUGUGUGUAUUUGGCUUUCUGAACUAUUUGAAAGUGAGAUACCAUGACACUUGACCUCAAAAUACAUCAGCAUGCAUCUCCUAAAAAGGAUACUUUUAUAUAUAACCAUAGUACUGAUCUCAUACCCAAGAAACUUAGCAAUAAUUCACAUUCUUGCCCUUAGCCAGCCAAUUGUGACUAAUAUCAUCCUUACUGCACUAAAGUCUGGUGGUGAGAGAGGGUGGCAGCCAGAACUGCAGAAGAUGGGUCCCUCAGCCAUGGGCAGGGCUUAUGGAAAUGAGAGGGAACAAGAAGGACCUUGUGGCUUAGUCUGGGGUCUGAACAGAGAUAGGUGUCCCUUGUAGCCAACCCUCUUCCCGUGGCACAUCCCCAGUGGGGAACACUGCCCCUUCCUCUGGGCUAAGGUUCAUUUUAGAGACUAAGUUUUCAGGCAAAAGGGACAUUGUUGAAGAGUGAGGACAUGAGUCUCAACUGGAGUGAACAAAAUACCCUAUCACCACCACCACCUGGGCCAUACUCCAACUAGAGGAACAGGAUUUAAUCUAGGCCCAGUAGAGGACAUGGGAGAAAUUCAGAACAACCCUCAUAUACCUGGAGAGAGCCCCUGCCAUACCCUCAUAUCCUUGGUGGAGGAAAGGACUGGGCUGGGGUUUAAUAGAGCCUCCAUCAGGUCGUCUUCUCUAUCGCCAUAAAAAACGCUUGAGGAGAGUGACCCAAAGUUCACUUGAGCAUGAUUUUCCUAUAAUCAUUCUAGGCAAUGAAUGAAGAAGCAACCAGAGCAUGCAGUGAUCAAGUAUCAAUAAAAACAAUUCUUAUUGGGACUUCCCUGGUGGCACAGUGGUUAAGAAUCUGCCUGCCAAUUCAGGGGACACGGGUUCAAUCCCUCGUACGGGAAGAUCCCACAUGCUGCAGAGCAACUAAGCACAUGCGCCACAACUACUGAGCCUGCACUCUAGAGCCCAAGAACCACAACUACUGAGCCCAUGCACAACUACUGAGCCCACGUGCUGCAACUACUGAAGCCAAUGUUCUCUAGGGUCUGUGUGCCGCAACUACUGAGCCCACAUGCUACAACUACUGAAGCCCACACCCGCAACAAGAGAAGCCACCGCAAUGAGAAGCCUGCGCAAUGCAAUGAAGAGUAGCCCCCACUUGCCACAACUAGAGAGCCUGCGUGCAGCAACAAAGACCGAACGUAGCCAAAAAACAAAACCCAAAAAACCCCCAAUUCUUACUGACUUAUAAACGUUGACACAACAGAUCACAAAUAAGUAGCAACCUGAAAAUUGAAUGCAUUUUUCUGUUAUGAACAAGAUGGUUAAACAUGUUACAAACCAAUG